ACGAGUUUGGGAACAUCACCAUGUUGGACCCAACUGUAAAGAAUUUGGAAAACUAUUGAUACAACGACAACAUUGCAGUGGUCCCAUUUACGCAACACAAGCAAUUUCCGAAGCGACGUGUUAAACAGUUGCCUGGACCAACUCCCAACUUUCAUCUGCGGUAAAAAUGGAAAGAAUAGAUCUGCCCCCUGUGGGCCCCUCAGACCUCCCUUUGUCCCUGCUGGAGAUGGGUUGCUCAGGCAGAUUUGAGCUCAUCACGCAUCCACAGCCCAAUGACCAGCCCCUGCCCCAACAAAGCACGCUUCCCCAUGGACUCCCUCCCACCAGCGUGAGCCUGGAGACUGAGGUAGAGAACCAAUUUCUACACGAUCCGGCCUGGCUCCCCAUACACGACCCCGACGCUGCCUUCCACAGGUUUCUCAAGCUGGCAGAGAGAGAUGUUAAUGUGGAGUCACUUCUCCAUUGUGCUCUGUCUCCUCUGCACUCUGGCAUUUCUGUAAUCAGAGACCCAACCACAGGAAUGCUCUUGGACUUCACUGAGGUGUUGCUUGAGGACACAGGCAUCUCUGCUAAGAAUUCUAUGUCUCUGCAACGCCCACCUAACCCUAACCCCUCUGAGAGCCUCAGAGGAAGCAACACCAACUACCCCUUUUUGCCUGGAGGCAUGGAGGAGCUGACACUAGAGCAAAUCAAAGAGAAAUCAGAUCUGGAGGAGGACAUAGACUUUGAGAAUGGGUUACUUACAGUGCCACCUGGUCUUAAAGUUGGGAUGGACUUCAGUGACAAAGAUGCCAAAACCACAAAAAGAGAAGUCAACCUCAUGUCCCUCCUGUCCACCUUUGAUGACAUUAUUGACUGCCGGGCUGAGAUAGAGGAGGAGAAAGGCCAGGGAGGUGGAGAUGCUCCCAAACUACCCAGGACUAACAGCCUAGAAGACCUUGGCAUCAAGGAUUCCCCCUCUACGCCUGCAACCACUUCAGCAGAUAAAAAAGAUGGUAAGACGUCCAAACCAGUAGAGGGCCAGGAGGAAAAAAAGAGAUGGGCUAUUCCAGUAGACAUCACCUCCCCCUGUGAUGACUUCUACAAGCGCAUCCCCAACCCAGCCUUUAAGUAUCCCUUUGAGCUGGACGUCUUCCAGAAGCAGGCGGUGUUGAGGCUGGAGGCCCACGAGUCGGUGUUUGUGGCGGCUCACACUUCAGCCGGCAAAACUGUGGUGGCCGAAUAUGCCAUUGCACUUUCACAGAAACACAUGACACGGACCAUUUACACAUCCCCGAUCAAAGCGCUGUCCAAUCAGAAGUUCCGUGACUUCAAGACCACCUUUGGGGAUGUGGGGCUGCUUACUGGGGACGUUCAGCUGAGUCCUGAAGCCUCCUGUCUCAUCAUGACCACUGAGAUAUUGAGGUCCAUGCUCUAUAACGGUUCAGAGGUCAUACGUGAUUUAGAGUGGGUGAUCUUUGACGAAGUUCACUACAUCAAUGACGCUGAGAGAGGAGUGGUGUGGGAGGAGGUUCUCAUCAUGUUGCCUGAUCACGUCAGCAUUAUUCUGCUGAGUGCCACUGUUCCCAAUUCCGUGGAGUUCAGCGAGUGGAUCGGGCGCAUCAAGAAGAAGCACAUCUAUGUGAUCAGCACGGUGAAGAGGCCUGUCCCUCUGGAACACUAUCUGUACACGGGAAACAGCACCAAGACUCAGAAAGAGAUGUUUCUAUUGCUGGACGCUGCCGGCAACUUACAAACCAAAGGGUAUUAUGCUGCAAUAGAUGCCAAAAAGGAACGUACCAGUAAGCACGCCCAGUCCUUUGGGACAAAAAAUGCAUCGCAGAACACUACACCAAACCAGGACCGGGCAGUGUGGCUUUCGCUCCUCCACUUCCUGUCCCAGCGCCAGCUGACCCCUGUGGUGGCAUUCACUUUCUCCAGGACGCGCUGUGAUGACAAUGCUCGUUCAUUGGCCACCAUGGACCUGACCAGCUCGACCGAGAAGAGCGAGAUCCACUCCUUCUUCCAGAAAAGCCUGAGCCGGCUCAGGGGAGGGGACCGCCAGUUGCCCCAGAUCGUGUUGAUGAGGGACCUGCUGAAGAGGGGGAUCGGCGUACAUCACAGCGGCAUCCUGCCAAUCCUGAAGGAGGUCAUUGAGAUGCUGUUCUCCCGGGGGCUAGUAAAGGUUCUGUUUGCCACUGAGACAUUUGCAAUGGGAGUGAACAUGCCAGCCAGGACAGUAGUGUUUGACAGCAUUCGGAAACACGAUGGCACUGGCUUUAGAAACCUGCUGCCCGGUGAAUACAUCCAAAUGGCUGGUAGAGCGGGGAGGAGAGGUCUAGACGCCACAGGCACCGUCAUCAUCCUCUGCAAGUCCGGUGUGCAUAACAUGGGGGACCUUCACGUCAUGAUGCUGGGGAAACCCACACUGCUACAGUCCCAGUUCAGGCUGACCUACACCAUGAUCCUCAACCUGCUGCGUGUGGAGGCCCUCCAAGUCACCGACAUGAUGAGGAGGAGCUUCUCAGAGAGCCACAGGGACACACAGGCUCAUGAGAAGCAGAUAAGUCGUCUGAAACAGACUCUGUCUUCCCUCCCUCCCCUGGACACUGAGGGUCAGCUGUCUGAUCUGCUGCCAUACUACUACAUCGUCACGGAGCUCCGCAUCACCACAGAGGCCCUGCAGUGUGCAGUGCUGGGGUCAGUGAAUGGCUUGAAAGCUCUGUCUGUGGGACGAGUGGUGGUGGUCAACAACAAACAGCACUUCAACGCCCUUGGAGUCAUCUUGCAGGUGUCGAAUGAUUCAGUAAAUCGUACUUUUACAACUCUAAUAAUCUGUGAGAAGAACAACGAGGAAGGAGGAGGAGAUGGCCCCAACGCCAGUGCUUUCCCUCACCUCUACAACACUGCCCUCUUCAUACCCGAGGGUCCCUGCAGUCACACAGUCCAGAAGCUAAAGCUACAGGACAUAUCUGCCAUCACAGUCAAGACGCUGAAGGUCAUCCCAGAACGAAUCAUCGACAACUACAACAAGAGGCAGCAGCCACGCUUUAGGCUUGAUCCACCAGGCCAAGCCAUCUCCACGGCGACACAGGAGCUUCUGCGAUUAGCGGAGGCCAACCCGGACGGGGUUGCAAGCCUCGACCCGGUGAACGACCUCCAGCUGAAGAGCGUAGACGUGGUGGAGGGCACCAUGAGGGUGCGCGCGUUGAAGGACACCCUCAAAGACUUCAGCUGCAGCCACUCACCAACCUUCUCAGAACAGUUUUUACGGGUGCAGGAGAGGAUGAAGGUUCAGGAGGAAUUGGACCAACUGCUCUACCUCACCUCGGACCAGUCCCUGUCUUUGCUACCAGAGUACAAUCAGAGAAUCAAGGUGCUUGAGGAACUGAAGUAUGUGGACAAGAGCCGCGCGGUGCAGCUGAAAGGUCGCGUGGCCUGCCAGAUCAGUAGCCAUGAGCUGCUCCUCACUGAGCUGCUGUUCGAGAACGCACUGAGUCCCCUGGCCCCGGAGGAAAGCGCUGCGCUGCUGUCCUGUCUGGUCUUUCAACAGAAGACCCAGGUGGAGCCCCACAUUACCAACACCCUGCAGGAGGGCAUCGAGAGAGUGCUAGCGGUGGCUCAGCGUAUUGGCGAGCUCCAGAGGGAAUGUGGGAUAGCACAGACGGCUGAGGAGUUUGUGAGCCAAUUCAAGUUUGGUCUCACCGAGGUGGUCUACUGCUGGGCCAGAGGCAUGCCAUUUGCGGAGAUCGCCCAGCUGACAGACGUCCAGGAGGGGACCGUGGUGCGUUGCAUCCAGAGGCUGGACGAGGUGCUGAAGGAGGUACGCCAGGCGGCCCGCAUCGUGGGCGACUCUGUCCUGGGCAGCAAGAUGGAGAAGGCCUCCCUGGCCAUCCGCAGGGACAUCGUGUUCACCGCCUCGCUGUACACACAUUGAGAUGGGGCGUAGCGUUCAUGUAGCAGGUCGAGAGGGGACGUGCCGUCCUAGUGGAUGGCUGGAACGGAAGGGGACGUAGAUUGCUUUUGUACUGCAGGCGAGAUUGAAAGGUGCCCCGCUGCCUAAGCCAAGUGAGAUGCUGGAACGUUCUGUGUGGUGUUUGAGGGUGUGUCUGCGUGAGGGUAUGGGUAUGAAUGCACAUGCUAUUGUUUACAGUCUUGAUGAAAUUCCUGGACAUGGGCUGCUCUUAAACAAUAUAGACCAAAGGGGAAUUGCUAGAUGUGGACAUGAACUGUUGAUUGUAAUUUAUUGUACAGUAAUAAAACAUAGCCUGUACAAAG